AACCUUGGGGAAACAUAGGAUAGUGUAGUAAUAUUGUUCAAACUCAGGUUACAAUUACUACUUUGGCAGUUUUGUAUGUUGUCCCAAUUCACAGCAGGAAAUGGAAUCCUGGGUCAGGAAAUGGAAAGUCAGGGCUGCCACGUACAGUUAGGCAGGAUGGGUACUGCACAGGAAUGGCACCUUUUAAGGGCACACCAUUCACUUUGUAGGCUUACAUGUUUAUGCCACCACUUUUCUAACAGAUGACAAGAGUGUUCAGGAAGAGGUGUUUCUUCACCUUUUUUUACUCUUCACAAAAGCGCAGCCUGUUGUAGCAAUGGCCCCAGAGAAACCACAGUAGGUAGUUCAAACAGAAAGGAAUUUAAUACAGGAAACUUGGUGCUGCUGAAAUCAUGGGGAGUGUGGGUGGUAGGAGUGGCGGUCUGGGUUUGAGACUCUUGAGUUCGAGUUUGCAGCCCCUGAAUGAGCUCCUAGCUAGAGUUCAGCGGGAUGCCACUCUGGCUUCCGGCAGUGCCUGGACUCAUUUGGUCACUCCUGGGAAGCUACUGACUUGAUGCUGGUAUGAGGGGUGUGGCCGCCUCACACACAGGUGAUCUACUUUCCUGGCCAGUGGCCAGCCAGGAGCUUCAGGCAGGUGCCUGACCCCAAUUCCCCUGCAGUGUCUAGCUGCAGGGAAGUCUAGGAUAUGUGACUUCUGGCUGUACAGCCACAAACGCAGCUGCAGCUCUGGAUUAGAAAGGGAGAUUGGGCAGGGUGGCUCACACCUAUAAUCCCAGCACCUUGGGAGGCCGAGGUGGGCAGAUCACGAGGUCAGGAAUUCCAAACCAGCCUGACCAACAUGGUGAAACCCCGUCUCUAUUAAAAAUACAAAAAAAAUUAGCCGGGCAUGGGGGUGCGUGCCUGUAAUCCCAACUACUCAGGAGGCUGAGACAGGAGAAUUGCUUGAUCCCAGGACGGGGAGGCUGCAGUGAGCCAAGAUUGAGCCACUCCACUCCAGCCUGGGCCACAGAGCGAGACUCAAAAAAAAAAAAGGUUGAGUCAGGCGUGGUGUCUCACACCUGUAAUCCCAGCACUUUCGGAGGCCGAGGCGGGCGCAUCACCAGCGGCCAGGAGUUCAAGACAAGCCUGGCCAACAUGGAGAAACCCCAUCUCUACUAAAAAUACAAAAUUAGCCAGGCGUGGUGGUGUGCUCCUGUAAUCUCAGCUACUUAGGAGGCUGAGGCAGAAGAAUCAUUUGAACCCAGGAGGCGGAGGUUGCAGUGAGUCAAGAUCGUGCCAUUGCACUCCAGCCUGGGUGACAGUGAGACUCCGUCUCAAAAAAAAAAGGAAGGGAGAUUGGUUGGGGGGACCAUCCUUAGGAGUUUGUCACAUCCCUGUCCUGGGGAAUUUUAAAUUGACCAAAAAUAAUAUGCACAUGGCCCGGUGCUGUGACUCACACUUAUAAUCCUAGCACUUUGGGAGGCCGAGGUGGACAGGUUGUCUCAGCUCAGGUUCAAGACCAGCCUGGGCAACAUGGUGAAACCCCAUCUCUCUUAAAAAUACAAUGAAUUGGCCAGGUGUGGUGGUUCAUUCCUGUAAUCCCAGCACUUUGGGAGGCCGAGGUGGGUGGCUCACCUGAGGUCGGGAGUUUAAGACCAGCCUGGCCAACAUGGUGAAACCCCGUUUCUACAAAAAUACAAAAAUCAACCAGGCACGGGUGGCGGGUGCCAAUCCCAGCUACUCGUGAGGCUGAGGAGGGAGAAUCGCUUGAACCCGGGAGGUGGAGAUUGCAGUGAGCCAAGAUCACGCCAUUGCACCCUGGCCUGGGCAACAGCAAGAAUCUGUCUAAAAAAAAAAAAAAUUAGCUGGGCAUGGUGGUACACACUUGUCCCAGCUACUUGGGAGGCUGAGGCAUAAGAAUUGCUUGAACUUGGGAGGCAGAGGUUGCAGUGAGCCGAGAUUGCACCACUGCACUCCAGCCUGGAUGACAAAAAGAGUGAGACUCCAUUUCAAAAAAAAAAAAAAGUGUGUGUGUGUGUGUGUGUGUAUACAUAUAUAUAUAUAUAUGCGCAUGCGCAUAUUACUUAAGACCCUUUCUCACACCAGGUACAUGGAAAAAGGCAACCUUUUGGCAAAAAGUAGAUCUACCACUAAAUACAGUAGGCCAGGUGUGGUGGCUCACGCCUGUAAUCCCACCACUCUGGGAGCCAAGGUGGGCAGAUGACGAGGUCAGGAGAUCGAGACCAUCCUGGCCAACAUGGUGAAACCCUGUCUCUACUAAAAAUACAAAAAUUAGUUGGGCGUGGAGGCGCGUGCCUGUAACCCCAGCUACUUGGGAGGCUGAGGCACGAGAAUCGCUUGAACAUGGGAGGCGGAGGUUGCAGUGAGCCGAGACUGCACCACUGCAAUCAACCAGCCUGGUGACAGCGAGACUCUGUCUCAAAAUAAAUACAUACAUACAUGAAUACAGUAAAACAUACUAAAUUUUUCCUUGUUUUUUGAGAUGGAGUCUUGCUCUGUUGCCCAGGCUGGAGUGCAGUGGCAUGAUCUGAGCUCACUGCAACCUCCGCCUCCCAGGUUCACGCGAUUCUCCUGCCUCAGCCUCCUGAGUAGCUGGGACUCCAGGCACCCGUCACCAUGCCUGGCUAAUUUUUUUUUUUUUUUUUUGAGGCGGGGUUUUGCUCGUCACCCAGGCUGGAGUGUAGUGGCGCGAUUUCUGCUCACUGCAAUCUCUGCGUCCCGAUUCUCCUGCCUCAGCCUCCUGAGUAGCUGGGAUUACAAGUGCAUGCCACCACACCUGGCUAAUUUUUGUAUUUUUAGUAGAGACAGGGUUUCACCAUAUUGGCCAAGCUGGUCUCGAACUCCUGACCUGAUGAUCUGCCUGCCUUGGCCUCCAAAAGUGCUCGGAUUACGGGUGUGAGCCACCGCGCCCGGGCUUUUUUUUUUUCUUUUUUGAGACGGAGCCUCACUCUGUCACCCAGGCUGGAGUGCAAUGGCGUGAUCUUGGCUCACUGCAACCUCUGCCUCCUGGGUUCAAGCAAUUCUCCUGCCUCAGCCUCCUGAGUAGCUGGGACUACAGGCACCCGCCACCAUGCCCGGUUAAUUUUUGCAUUUUUAUUAGAGACGGGGUUUCACCAAGUUGACCAGGCUGGUCUCAAACUCCUGACCUCAAAUGAUUCACCCACCUCGGCCUCCCAAAGUGCUGGGAUUACAGGCGUGAGCCACUGUGCCUGGCUAAACAUACUAAAUUCUUAUUUUCCUGCCAAGGCUCUAAGCCCAAUCCUGCUCAUGCCCUGCUCUCCCUGUUCACGAGGAAUGUCAGUAUUAGAAGCAGUGAAGAUACAGGGCACCCCAUGCAGACCUCCUCCACUUGUGAUGGGAAAGAUGGGAACGAGAGGAAUUGCCCUCUGCAGUAAAUGACGUUUAUUGCUGACAGGCAAGGGGAAACAUCUCGCACACCAUACUGGCAACCACAGGCCUACUGGCUAUUAAGUAUGUGGGUUCUGUGGUCAGCUGGUCCUGGUUUCUGCUUUCUGGGGACUUCCUAGCUGUUAGCCCAUGGGCAGUUGAUGUCCCCAGUCUGAGUUUUGUUUACUUCCUGUGUAAAGAGUAGUCCCUCUAUAUUAAUACCAUGAUGAUGUUUGUACUCAUUACCCAUCCCCCAGCACACACUCUCUGCCUUUCAGUCACUUAGCAAGCACUCAAUAAGUUCAGCAAAUAUUUGCUGGGUACCUAUUGUGUGCUGCAUACUUUUGCAGGGAUAAGGUAUGCAGUGAUUAAUAAAAUAGACAAUUUCCAGUAUUGUGUUGUGAUGAAAACAAAACUGAUGUGGUGGGGCCAGCAUACUGAGAGGCUGAGGUGGGAGGGUCGCUUGAGGCAAGGAGACCAACCUGGGCAACAAAGUGAGACCUCAUCUCUACAAAAAAAAAAAAAAAAAAUUAAAAAUUAGCCAUGAGUGGUGGCAUGCUAGUUGGGAGCCUGACCCAGGGGGUUCACUGGAGCCCAGUUCAAGGCUGCAGGGAGCUAUGAUGGUGCCACUGCACUCCAGCCUGGGUGACAGAGUGAGACCCCAUCUCCAAACAAAAAACAACCUAGGCUGGGCCGGGCACAGGGGCUCACACCUGUAAUCCCAGCACUUUGGGAAGCUGAGGUGGGUGGAACACUUCAGAUCAAGAGUACGAGACCAUCCUGGCCAACAUGCUGAAACACUCUCUCUACUAAAAAUACAACAACAGCCGGGCGCAGUGGCUCAUGCCUGUAAUCCCAGCACUUUGGGAAGCCGAGGUGGGCUGAUCACGAGGUCAGGAGAUCGAGACCAUCCUGACUAACCCGGUGAAACCCCGUCUCUACUAAAAAUACAAAAAAAUUAGCCGGGUGUGGUGGCGGGCGCCUGUAGCCCCAGCUACUUGGGAGGCUGAGGCAGGAGAAUGGCGUGAGCCAUUCGGGAGGUGGAGCUGGCUGUGAGCCGAGAUCGCGCCACUGCGCUCCAAAAUCCAGCCUGGGCGACAAAGCAAGACUCUGUAUCAAAAAAACAAACAAACAAAACAACAACAACAACAACAAAAUUAGUUAGACGUGGUGGUGCGUGCUUGUAAUCCUAGCUACUUGGGAGGCUGAGGCAGGAGAAUCACUUGAACCUGGAGGUGGAGGUUGCAGUGAGAUGGAGGUGCAGUGGCACGGCACACUCCAGCCUGGGUGACAGAGCAAGACUCCAAAAAAAAAAAAAAAAAAUCCUGAUGUGAAGCGGGUGAUGGGGUUGGGAACAGUAAUGAGUGGUCCAGAAAACCCUUCUGAGAAGGUGCAUUUGAGCUGAGCUCAUGGUGCUUGGUGUUGGGUUUGUAGACAUGGCACAGACCUAGUCUUCAUCCCUGACAAACUCUUCCCUGGCCCCAAGCCUGUGUGUGUCCAUCCUCUUCUAAAAAAGGCUUGGACUUGCCAGUCUAGAGGUGAGGGUCCCGGGGAGCAACGUGGACCCUCUGGAGAAGGACGCUUAGCCUGUGGAUCUCUGAAGCACACUUUGGAGGUGAGAGAUGAAAAAAAAGAGUCCGGGCACGGUGGCUCACCUCUGUAAUCCCAGCAUUUUGGGAGGCUGAGGUGGGCAGAUCACUUGAGGUCAGGAGAUCGACACCAGCGUGGUGAAUAUGGUGAAACCCGUCGCUACUAAAUAUACAAAAAUUAGCCAGGCAUGGUGGCACGUGCCUGUAGUCUCAGCUACCUGGAGUCUGAAGCAGAAUUGCUUGAACCCGGGAGGCGGAGGUUGCAGUAAGCCGAGAUCACGCCACUGCACUCCAGCCUGGGUGACAGAGUGAGAUUCUGUCUCGAAAUUUUAGAAAAUUAAAAAAAAAAUGCUUCUCAGUGGCCCUGCUCCUGUGGCUACAAUAUGGAGGGAGAGUACAAACGGUGGGUACAAAGACUGGCCUCUGUCUUGCUGUUGGGAAAUCCAGCUGCCACGUUGUGAGCUUGUGUCUGGAAUUGGUUCCUUCUGGUGGGUUCUUGGCCUCGCUGACUUCAAGAAUGAAGCCAUGCACCCUCGCAGUGAGUGUCACAGUUCUUAAAGAUGGUGUGCCUGGAGUUUGUUCUUUCAGAUGUUCAGAUGUAUCUGGAGUUUCUUCCUUCUGGUGGGUUUGUAGUCUAUGCUGAGUUCAGGAGUGAAGCCGCAGACCUUCGCGGUGAGUGUUACAGCUCAUAAAGGUAAUGUGGACCUAUAGAAUGUGCAACAGCAAAAUUUAUUGCAAAGAGCAAAAGAACAAGGCUUCCACGGCAUGGAAGGCGCCCUGAGCCAGUAGCAGCUGCUGGCUAGGGUGGCCUGCUUUUAUUUCCUUAUUUGGUCCCACCCACAUCCUGCUGAUUGAUCCGUUUUACAGAUAGCUGAUUGGUCCAUUUUACAGAGUGCUGAUUGGUCCGUUUUUACAGAGAGCUGAUUGGUGCGUUUACAAAUCUUUACCUAGACACAGAGUGCUGAUUGGUGUGCUUACAAUCCUUUAGCUAGACACAGAGCGCUGAUUGGUGCAUUUACAAUCCUUUAGCUAGACAGAAAAGUUCUCCAAGUCCCCUACCUGAUUAGCUAGACACAGAGCACUGAUUGGUGUGUUUACAAACCUUUAGCUAGACACAGAGUGCUGAUUGGUGCAUUUACAAUCCUUUAGGUAGACAGAAAAGUUCUCCAAGUCCUCACUGGCCCAGAGGCCCAGCCAUCUUCACCUCUCAAGCUGUCUGUAGAGGUCCACGUGUCAAGAAAACUGAGGACAGAGGCCCUCAGUCCAGUUCCCACAAGCAACUGCAUCUCCCCAACAGCUGCCUGAAUGAGUUUGGAAGCAGUCCUCCCACCAUUCAGCCUUCAGAUGAAACUGCACCCCUGGCUGACAGGCUGAUUGCAGCCUUAUAGCAGACCUUGAGCCUGAGACAUUUGACCCACAGAAAAGGUGAUAAUUUUGGUCUUUUUUUUUCUAAACAGGUUCUUGCUCUAGAGUGCAGUGGCACGAUCAUGGCUUACUGCGGCCUCUACAUCCUGGGUUCAAGUGGUCCUCCCACCUCAACCUCCUGAGUGGCUGGGACUACAGAUUUGUACCACCAUGCACAGCUAGUUUUUCUCUUUUUUUCUUCUUUUUGUAGGUACAAGGGUCUCCCUGUGUUACUUAGGCUGGUCUCAAAUUCUUAGGCUCUAGCAAUCCUCCUGUCUCAGCCUCCCAAAGUGUUGGGAUUACAGGCAUGAGCCACCGCACUGGGGCAAUGUUGGUCUUAGGCUAAUUAUGCAGCAGGAGAUACAUGCACUGUGCUUUGGGAAUUGAAGUCACUUCUAUUUCUUUGUGGCUUCAUCAGUAAUAUGGGGCAGGGGGCACGGUUCCCACAGCUGAUUCUUGAGUGUUCUUUCUGAGUAUCCUUGAUACUUCACACACUAUCAUAUAUCUAAACUUUGUUCAUUGAUUAUCUCCCCUUUAAUUUUCAUUCCUUGAUGAAUCUCCAGGGUCUGGAUCAAGGCCUAGGAUACUUUAUGUACUCAUGAAAUCUUCAAUGAAUGAAGAAAUGAUUUUUUUUUUUUUUGAGACAGAGUCUCACUCUGUCACCCAGGCUGGAGUGCAGUGGCAUGAUCUUGGCUCAUUGCAACCUCCACCUCCCAGGUUCAAGCAAUUCUCCUGCCUCAGCCUCCUGAGUAGCUGGGACUACAGGCAUGCGCCACAUGCCUGGCUCAUUUUUGUAUUUUUCAGUAGUGACAGGGUUUCACCAUAUUGGCCAGGCUGGUCUUGAACUCCUGACCUCAGGUGAUCCACCCACCUCAGCCUCCCAAAGUGCUGGGAUUACAGGUGUGAGCCACUGCAUCCGGCGGAUUUUUUUUUUUUUUUUUUUUUGAGACACGGUCUCACUCUCUCGUUCAGGCUGGAGUGCAGUGGCGUGAUCUUGGCUCACUGCAGCCUCCACCUCCCAGUUUCAAGCGAUUCUGGUUCGGCCUCCCAAGUAGCUGGGACUACAGGUGUGUGCCACUAUGCCUGUCUAAUUUUUGUAUUUUCACCAUGUUGGCCAGGCUGGUCUCAAAACUCCUGACCUCAAGUGAGCCGCCUGCCUCAGCCUCCCAAAGUGCUGGGAUUACAAGAGUGAGCCACCAUGUCUGGCCUGAAUGAAGAAAUAAUUUUUUAAAGAGUGUUUUAAAGUGGGGCCGGGUGCGGUGGCUCACACCUGUAAUCCCCACACUUUUGGAGGCCAAGGCGGGUGGGUCACUUGAGGUCAGGAGUUUGACACCAGCCUGACCAACAUGGUGAAACCCCAUCUCUACUAAAAAUACAAAAUUAGCUGGGCAUGGUGGCGCAUGCCUGUAAUCCCAGCUACUCGGGAGGCUGAGGCAGGAGAAUCACUUGAACCCGGGAGGGGGAGGUUACAGUGAGCUAAGAUCGUGCCAUUGCACUCCAGCCUGGGUGACAAGAGCGAAACAAUGUCUCAAAAAAAAAAAAAAAAGAAAAAGAAAUUGCAUUUCAAAGCCAGGUGCAGUGGCUCACACUUAUAGUCACAGCUACUUAGGAGGCUGCGGUGGGAGAAUAGCUUGAGCCCAGUCGUUCAAGGCUGAGUGAGCUGUGAUUGUGGCACUGCACUCUAGUCUGGGUGACAGAUUGAGACCCUGUCUGUAAAAAAAAAAAAAUCUUUCAGGCCAGGCGCAGUGACUCACUCCUGUAAUCCCAGCACUUUGGAACGCCGAGGCGGGUGGAUCACCUGAGGUGGGGAGUUCGAGACCAGCCUGGCCAACAUGGACAAACCCUGUCUCUACUAAAAAUACAAAAAUAGCCGGGCAUGGUGGCGCAUGCCUGUAAUCCCAGCUACUCGGGAGGCUGAGGCAGGAGAAUUGCUUGAACCCGGAAGGUGGAGGUUGCAGUGAGCCGAGAUUGUACCACUGCAAUAUGAGACUCCAUCUCAAAGAAAAAAAAGAAAAAAAAAAAAGAUAGCAUAGCAAUGGCUGUGGGCCUGGAUAUAAGUCUUAGCCUCUCCACUUCUCCACUUCCUGGCUCUGUAAGCCUUAGACAAGUUCCUUAACUCCACACUUCCAUUUCCAUGUAACAAGGGGUUAUAGGCCAGGCAUUGGUGGCUCAUGCCUGUAAUCCCAGUGCUUUGGGAGGCCAAGGCGGGAGGAUCACUUGGGGACAUGAGUUCAAGACCAGCCCAGGCAGCACAGUAAGACAUUGGCUCUAGAAAAAUAAAAAUAAAUCAUCCAAGAAUGGUGACUUGCCUACUAUUCUACUCGAGAGGCUGAGAGGGGAGGAUUUCUUGAGCCCAGGAGUUUGAGGAUGCAGUGAGCUAUAAUCACAUCACUGUACUUCAGCCUGAGAAACAGCAAGAUCCUGUCUCAAAAAAUUAAAUUAGGCUGGGCUUGGUGGCUCAUGCCUGUAAUCCCAGCACUUUGGAAGGCCAUGGUGGGCAGAUUGCUUGAGCCCAGGAGUUUGAGAUGAGGCUGGGCAACAUGACGAAACCCCGGCUCUACCAAAAAAUACAAAAAAUUAACUGGGCAUAAUGGUACAUGUCUGUGGUCCCAGCUACUCGGUAGGCUGAGGUGGGAGGAAUGCUUGAGCCCAGGAAAUAGGGGCUACAGUGAACCAGGAUCAUGCCACUGUACUCCAACCUGGGCAACAGAGCAAGACUCUACCUCAAAAUAAUUAUUUAAAAAAAUGGAUUAAUUGGGCAUAGGUGGCUUGUGCCUGUCUCCAGUUACUCAGGAGACUGAGGUGGGAGGAUUGCCUGAGUCUAGGAGGUUGAGGCUGCAGUGAGCCGGGAUGGCACCAUUGCACUCCACCUGGGUAACAGGGUGAGACCCUGUCUCAAAAAAGAAAAAAAAGGGAGGGGUUGUAAUCACUCCUCCUGACAUGAUACAGAGUAUCCAUUUGAGUUCAUAACAUAAAUAUGUACUCGGUGAAUGCUCUAUAACUAUUGGCUUUUUUAUUGUCCCCAUUUUACAUAUAAGGAAGCUGAGGCUUUGUGAGGAGAAUUAGCUUAGCCCAGGUCAUCCAGUGGGAAGCGUCUGGUGCAGAGGAAUAGUGAUCAUGGUGGGACUUUGCCUAGCCUAAGGUUCAGCAUACAAUAUUCAGUCAGUACUCAAGGGCUGGGCUGUUUCUGGUAAUCAAAGGGCUGCCUUGUUCUCCUGCCCCACAGCACAGGAAAUUCCAAGGUGGUUUUCUUUACAGGCUCCUCCGCUUCUGUGGCCAGAGGGAACAGCGGAGGAGCCCAGGUACCUAAGCCAACUCAAGAGAAGAUGGAAUUGAAUAUUUCAACCACCUUAUCUAGGCCUCUGUGAUUGUUGAGGAGGGGGCUGUCACUGGGAAAGUUUCCACGAUGGCCCGGUCCCUGGUGUGCCUUGGUGUCAUCAUCUUGCUGUCUGCCUUCUCCGGACCUGGUGUCAGGGGUGGCCCUAUGCCCAAGCUGGCUGACCGGAAGCUGUGUGCGGACCAGGAGUGCAGCCACCCUAUCUCCAUGGCUGUGGCCCUUCAGGACUACAUGGCCCCCGACUGCCGAUUCCUGACCAUUCACCGGGGCCAAGUGGUGUAUGUCUUCUCCAAGCUGAAGGGCCGUGGGCGGCUUUUCUGGGGAGGCAGCGUUCAGGGAGAUUACUAUGGAGAUCUGGCUGCUCGCCUGGGCUAUUUCCCCAGUAGCAUUGUCCGAGAGGACCAGACCCUGAAACCUGGCAAAGUCGAUGUGAAGACAGACGUGAGUGUCAUGGGGGCUGGCAAGAAAUGUGGGGGGAGGACCCUUAGGUUGUGGGGAUGGGCAAAAAUGCUCCCACACUUGGCUCCCUGGCAGCCUAGGUAUGUGCGCUGGGAGAAAUUCUUUCCCUGCCUCAAUUUUCUCACCAGUAAAAUGGGUCCAGUUGGGAGGUGCAAAGAUUAGAGGGCUCUAGGCUAAUUUGCAUAGCACUUGUGUGGCCAGACCUGGGCCCUGCAGCUGCAGCCUUUGCUAAAACCACUAGAUCCUUUGUGGUGUGACCGCUGGUUUUCUUUCCACUGUUUCCCCUUUCUCUUUUUCAGAAAUGGGAUUUCUACUGCCAGUGAGCUCAGCCUACCGCUGGCCCUGCCGUUUCCCCUCCUUGGCUUUAUGCAAAUACAAUCAGCCCAGUGCAAACGGCUCGUCUCUGUGGUCUUUGGGGUGGGGUGGGGUAGGGUAGGGUGGGGACUGUACAAAUGAAAUGUUUCUCUAGGUUGCUGAAUCUAACCAAUUAACCCGCUGCCUGUGGUAACGUCAGUGGUUGCUAGGCAGAGUUUCACUGAUGAAAGCCCUGUGCAGUAGGAGCGCUCCUAAGCUUAGGUUUCGGACACAAGCAAAGGAAAACCUAAGCAGCCCAACUAGGGGAUUGUAGUGUCCUCUCUAGACCAGUGGGAGGGAGCCAAUCGGACUACGCGGAGGAUAUAAAUCGCACAGCAAAGGUUUUCUUGGAAGAUUAUCUGGAAAGGGAGGUGGGAAGUAACGUGCGCCUAUCUGCCCAGUUUUCCUCCUUUUUGCCUUUGAGAACAGUAAUCGCUCCCGCCAGCUCAAGAUCAGCUCCUCUUCCAGCCUCUUUCUGUCAAUCCUGCCCGUGCCCCCUUCUUUGCAUUUGUAUCCCCUCCCCCAAGUCCGCUCCGAUCCAAUCCGGAGACUCGACUCUGCCCCCCGUACUCCAGACUAAAUCCGUUCCUCGGCUCAGCUAAGCAGCUCUGCACGUCCCUUCCCAC